GGGCCGGGUUGGUUCGUUGGUUCGUGUCCGCAGCCUUGCGGUUCAAGGAGGAGCGUUGUAGCCCCGCGGCGGCUCUGCCGUGGGUGGAAGGGGCGGGGAAAGCUCGGCUCCAGCGGGAGAGUGGAGCAUCUCUCGUAGGAGGAAAGGCUGGGGGAGCUGGGUCUGAUCAGCUUCGAGAAGAGACGGCUGAGAGGAGACCUCACUCAUGAGUAUAAGUAUCUAAAAGAAGAGUGCCGAAAGGAUGGACCAGCCUGUGCCCACUGGUGCAGAAUUAUAGGACAGGAGGCAAUGGGCAGAAACUGAUGCAUAGAAGUUCCCCCUGACUAUAAAGAAGAACUUCUUUACUGUGCCGUGGCUGCACAUGGAGUAGGUUGCCGAGAGUGGUUGAGGAGUGUCCCUCAGUGGGGAUAUUCCAGAACCAUUUGGAUGCCAUCCUGUGCCAUGUGUUCUAGUAUGACCCUUCUUGAGCAGGGAGCUGGAGCUAGAUGACCCCCCGUGGUCCCACUGAACCUCCCCCAUCCUGGGAUUUUGUGAGCCCCUGAAGAGCUGAAGGGAAAAUAAUCAGGAGGCUGAUGAAAAAGCACCAGCUGUUCAUGCUGUUGAGAUGUCCUGUAUUCCAUUGUUAACGGAACCAGCAUGUUCCUGCUCUGAGGUACAGGGAGCCACAAAAACAAGGAAUAAUGAUGCUACUUCCAGAUUUUUGGUUCCUCUUUCUGACAAUAAUGAAAGCAAAGAGUCAAAAUCUAUUCAAAGAAAGAGAGUGCUUCCAUCUUGGAUGCUGGAAAGAGAUCUUCUGGUGCGGAGGGUUUCCAAGCCUGUUACGACGGGAGGUAGUAGAAAGAAAAAAGGCCAAGGAAGGGGAGAAGAUCUUACAGAGUCAUUAAAAUCAGAAUUACAUGUACAGCAGAAAAAAAGAUUACCUUCUGAAGAAACUAUAGAGGAUUUUGAAGGUGGAGAGCAAGAUCAAGGGAAAAGGAGCUGCCUUGCAAUCCCUGUUCCUUUAUCUCAGAAUACAUCUGGAUUUCCUCUUGAAACUACCAUGAGAGAUAUGGAAGCAAGUGGCAAGACUGAAACAACAAACCCUGGAAAUUCUCUGGAAAAAAAUGAUAGGCAGCUGCAUAGCAAAUGGUCUAAAAGAGAAGGUCAGAUCUCCAUUAAAGACAACAGAAUUGAGGAAACAGAAAACAAAGAGCACAUUGCUGGCUCUACAAGCCGACAAGCUCACUGGGGCAGGACUUCCCAAUAUCUUGGUGCUCAGGAAAGGAUUCUUGAGCCUGAUGCAAAUCUGGACUACAACCCUGAGAUUUCUGAUUCAGCUAGAAGUGCAGAUGCUUCAGAAAGCUCCAAACCGAUGCACCAUAAGAGGACACCUUGCAAGUAUGGAAGUGGCUGUUACAGGAAGAAUCCCAUUCACUUCCAGCAGUUCAGUCAUCCUAAUGAUGAUGACUAUCACAACAUGGAGAUGGUGGCUCAGGACGAUGACAGCCGGCCUGAGUGUCCAUAUGGAACAGCUUGUUAUAGGAAGAACCCCCAGCACAAACUGGAAUACAAGCACAGUGCACCUCCAGUAACUGGAAGAGGAACACGACAACGAGCUUCAAGCAAUGGAAAAAGGGCUGUGAAGAAGGAUGGUGUCAAUGAUGGUGAAGCCAAUGAAUAUGACCUCAAUGACCACUUUAUAGAUGAGGAGGAGGAGGAGGAGGAGUGCGAACCUACUGAUGAAGACUCAGACUGGGAACCAAGUUCAGAAGAAAAGGAUAAUGAAGAUGUUGACACACUUGUGCAAGAAACAUGUAGAUUUGUUAGGAUCAAGAAAUAGCUGCUGAGAACAGCCUUAUAAAUGUCCAGUGCGGUUAUGUUAAAACAUGGUUGCACAGAGGAGAGGAAGUGGUUUGAAAAUUUUUGUCUCCAUGAUGUAGGCAGUACAGGAAGAUAAUAAUAGGGGUGAGGGGAUUCUGCAAUGCCUUUCUUAUCCGUAUGUAUUAUUUUGAGGAUAGUGUGGUGUUUGGUUUUUUGUUUUAUUAAGUUGUGGACCCAGAGGA